GGAUAUAGUGAACCAUCUCCCCCCUGUUAUGAAUACAGACAGAGUGAAUCCUCCCUCCCUCCCUCGCUCAACCUCGUAUCCCACUCUCAACCACGUGGAUAAACAGACCGAACAGCAGAUUCUAGGAGACAACUCUAAACAAGACCCUAUCUUCAGCGGGUCCUCUCCUGCAGUUUACAACAGGAAAUCCUUUAACUAUGUCAAUAUUUACGUGUCUGGAUAUUACUUUAAAACACUUGAAGAAACAUUGCAGAGAUUCCCUGAUACCCUGUUAGGAAACGUUAAGAAGAGAGCAAAGUACUGGGACGAAGAGAGACAAGCUCUGGUGUUCCACAGAUGUAGACAAUCAUUCGAGUCUAUCCUGUACUUCUACCAGAGUCAAGGUAGCUUGAUACAGCCCAUCAACGUAGAGCAGGAUAUAUUCCUGGAAGAGUCCAAGUUCUUCAAACUCCCGCUCCUCAACUACUUCAUGGUGGAUGAUCAGGACUCUCUCCCCCGCAAAACCCGACCUCCAAAACAAAGAUCUGACUUGCUCGAAAGAGUGCACGCUAUUGUACAAGAUACCACUACUAUUGGUUGGAAGGCUCUGGCCGUGUUUGACGUGGGGAUGACAAUAGUGUUUGUUACUCUGCAGUGUCUGAGAACUGAGAACUCACUGCAAGGUAGUUCCAAUCAAGUACAGAUAGUUGCUAGUGAGUCUAUGUGUAUUAUCUGGUUCCUGGGUAUAUUCAUCUUAAGACUCCUCAUAGCACCGGACAAGAAGAACUUUCUCCUGCAGUUCAUGUCUGUUGUGGACGUUGUAGUUAUCGUCUCUUUCAUGGUAGACUUUGGAAUGUACCUAAAGGUAACAGAAGAGGAUAAGAUAAUAGGACUGAUAGCCAUAGUGCGGAUAGGUGGUUUUCUGCGGCUGUUCAACAUGGCUCGCUACUCUGAGCUGCUCUUCUCAAUGGGAGUUGCUCUGAAGCGCUCCUUAGCUGACCUAGCUCAGGUCAUGGUGCUUAUCUUCCUAGUGACGUUCAUCUUCGCUACUUUAGCGUAUUAUAUCGAGGAGGAUGACGCAGAUGAUGAUAAGGAUCAUUUCAGAACAUUUUCUAGUGUGUUCGAUGCCAUCUACUGGGGCACUAUCACUAUUGCUACAGUUGGUUAUGGAGAUAUCUAUCCCAAAACUGCAGGAGGAAAGUCAGUAGGAGCAGCACUAGCUCUGUUAGGGCUCCCUCUCAUUGCCAUACCAAUGCCUCUGAUAAUGUCUAAGUUUGAUGGGUACUACCAGGACAUCAAGAGAAAGAGGGAAAACAAUGAGGUACGAGAAAAAAUUAUGGAGGAUAUGAGGAACUCGGACGACGAGGAAGGAGGAGAAGAAGAAAUGAGAGAGGGAGGAAGAGGGAGAGGAGGAGUAGGUGGGAGCUUGAAUCUGAAUGGGGAGGAAGCAAACAGCUCCACAAGAUAUAACCUCCACAUGAAGAGGAACAGGUCGAAUAGCUCACUAACAGAAACCCCCUCAGAGCGUGCCAACAUGACCUGGAACCAAGUGGUGAAGGAGGGGUACGGGUGGGGGAUACACCACCCCUCCCCAGGUGGUAACAACACUCUCCACCUAGACAGUAGGAUCUGCCUCUCCUUCUCAGACUUGUCUACAAUAUUCCCCUCAGUGGAGACAGUCCACCACUCGUCCCAACAAGAUUCUAGUUCCCUCCCCUCCCUUUCUGAUAACUACCUCUCUCCAAUGAGCUGCUACGAGAAGGUAGACCCCGAUACAGCUAGUGUGGAAACGUUACAUCUCCUCAAGAAGUAGAGACAGUAAAACGGGGUAAAAACUUCAACUAGCUGCCUUCAUGAACAAACUAUUUAGAGGAUAUUUUCUAGAUUCACAGCUUUGAAUGUGGUUACAUGAGAUUGUAGAAAGUGUGAUGAGAGUAACUGUGAGUCACUCUUAAAGCUGAUGAUGUCUAAUUCCAGAUAUAGAGUAGGGAGGCUGCAGUACAGAGGCUGUCUUCUAGAUUGUAGUUUUACUAGUUGUAGUAGCUCAGUUAGACAUGAACACUGAACAGAGCUUGUAAUAUGUGAAUAAUGAUCUUAAUGUGCUAUCAAUUAACUGCUGAUUGAUAAAAGUAGGAAGUUUCAAAAACUUGUAAAGUACUCUUUACAAGCUAAUGGCUUUUGCAAGUGUGAUUGACGAACUGAAUACAUUAAAUUACGGUACGGUACAUUUUAUAAAGAAUAUAUAUCAGAUUAGGAAGUGUUAAACGAAGAAUCAACAAAAAUAAAUUAUUAAUCGUUUUAAUUGGAAUGUAAUAAUAGUGUGAUACGUCAUAAUAUGGACAUAUUAUAUAAAUAAUAUUAUGUAGAUAUUGUGACCUAUGUAUUUAAAUGUUUUCUAAAUAUUGUAACUUCAGUACGUUUCUA